UUGGUAUUGCUCGAUCUAAGUAAAUAUCAACAUGAAGAAGAACACAGCUUUGAUGUUCUACCCCCUCAUAUACUUCAUCUUCAACACAGAAUCAAUGGCCUCUGCACAGGUUGUCUCAAUAAAAGUCGGGGUAGUGCUCGACAUGGAUGACUUCGGCAAAGCAGCAAUGAACAGCUUAUCGAUUGCUCUGUCCGAUUUCUACUCUAGAAAUGUCCAGUACAAGACAAGGCUUACUCUCAUUAACAGGGAUUCCAAAAAUUCCGCUGUCGGAGCAGCUGCAGCAGCCUUGGACCUGAUAAAGAACGUUCGAGUGCAAGCGAUCAUCGGUCCAAUGUACUCAUAUCAAGCCAACUUCAUGAUUCAUCUCGGAAACGAAGCUCAUGUCCCGAUCAUAACAUUUUCAGCCUCAAGGCCGUCACUUUCAUCGAUAGGUAAGCCGUAUUUCAUUCAAGCGACAGUAAGCGACUCCUCACAAGUAACUGCCGUAGCUGCAAUUGUCAAAGCAUUCGGAUGGCGAGAAGUUGUGAUCAUCUACGAGGACAGUGACUUUGGAGAAGCAUUCGUACCUUACAUGACCGACGCUUUAGAAAAGGUGAAUGCUCGUGUCCCUUACAGAAGUGUCGUGUCGCAACAAGCGUCGGAUAGUGAAAUUGCCGCAGAGCUUUUCAAGCUGAUGACUAUGCAGAGCAGAGUGUUUGUCGUCCACAUGCUGAACCCGCUCUCGUCUAAACUGUUCGACAAAGCGAAAGAAGUAGGAAUGAUGAGUAAGGAGUAUGCAUGGCUAGUUACAGACAGCAUUGGAUAUGAAUUCGAGACAAUGGAUCGAAAGACAAAAGAGUCGAUGCUGGGAGUCAUAGGAGUAAAGCCUCAUGUUCAACACACGAAAGAGGUGGAUGACUUUUCUAGUCGAUUGAGGAAAAAGGCUCGGCAGGAAAAUCCAGAAGCUAUUGUCGGCGAAUUCUUUCUAAUGGCGCACGACGCAGUUGUUGCACUAGCCAUGGCUGCAGAGAAAGCAAAUCUAACAAAUCCACAGUAUAAUAAACCAAACAAUACUCGGCAUUCUACAGAUCUUGAAGCCAUUGGAGUAUCAGAACAUGGACUAAAGCUUAAGGAUGAAUUAUUAUCGACGAGAUUCACAGGCCUUGCUGGUGAUUUCCACUUAGUUUCUGGCCAGCUACAAGCACCUCCUUUUCAGAUAAUCAACAUGGUUGGACAAAGUGCUCGUGCCAUCGGAUACUGGACGAAAGAGAAUCAAAUUGUCAAGGAACUAAACUUAAGUAGUCAAGAAACAGAAUUCGGAACCAUUAUAUGGCCUGGUGAUACAUCACAUAUACCUAAAGGUUGGGUGAUUCCCACAAAUGGUAAGAAGCUGAAAGUGGGAGUCCCUGUAAGGCCUGGCUUCACUAACUUUGUGCGCGUAACUUGGAAUCCCGACAAUUCUACAAAUGUGGAAGGUUACAGUAUCGAUCUUUUUGAUGCAGCGAUGAAUGCACUUCCAUACGGUGUGGCCUACGAAUACAUCCCUUUCGCAACACCCGAGCGCACGAUGGCUGGAAGCUACAAUGACUUGACUUAUCAAGUUUAUAUUGGGAUCUAUGAUGCUGUUGCCGGAGAUGUAACACUAACGGCUAACAGAUCAGAAUGCGUCGACUUCACUCUACAUUAUGCACAGUCUGGAGUUUCGAUGGUUGUUCCUUAUAAAGACGACAGGAGCGAAACAGCGUGGGUGUUUCUUGAGCCCCUGACUUGGGAGCUAUGGCUGACAAGCUAUUGCACGAUCAUCUUCAUCGGGUUCUUGAUUUGGAUAUUCGAACAUCGAAUAAAUGAGGAAUUCAGGGGAUCAUUUUGGCAUCAAGUUGGAAUGAUCUUCUGGUUUGCCUUCUCAACAAUGGUUUUUGCUCACAAGGAAAGGGUUAUGAGCAACUUAACAAGGUUUGUGUUGAUACUAUGGUUCUUGGUGGUACUUAUACUCACUCAAAGCUACACUGCAAGUCUUGCAUCGAUGCUAACAGUGAAGAAGCUGACUCCCAUUGUCGAAGAUGUUAAUGACCUUAUCAGAAGUAAGCAAAUGGUGGGCUACGCAGAUGGAUCAUUUGUUUAUGAACUUCUAAGAAAGAUGAACUUCGAUGAAUCCCGGCUAAUGCCAUACCGAACAGCCGAGGAAAUGGAUGAACUUCUCUCGAAAGGGACUAGAAAUGGCGGCAUAGCUGCAGCUUUUCACGAGGACCCAUAUAUUAAGAUUUUCUUGAGCAAAUAUGGUUCGAAGUACGCGAGAGUUGGACCUAUUUACAAAACUGAAGGUUUUGGCUUUGUGUUUCCAAAAGGUUCGCCUUUAGCGCCGGAUGUUUCUAGAGCAAUUUUACAUGUCACCGAAGCACAGAAACUAGUCGAAAUUGAGAAGAAGUGGCUGUCUGAUAUCACCAAACAAGAAUCCACCAGUUUAUCAUCUCCACAAAGAAAUCUUGGGCUAGAAAGCUUUUGGGGACUUUUCUUAAUUGUUGCAGUAGCUGGAAUGGUGACCUUGAUCAUCUAUGUCAUUCAGUUUCUCUGGAAAAAUUGGCAUGUCAUCGAAAAAACAUCGAGUAAACGGAGCAAGAUGGCGGAAUUGCUACAGAUCUUCAAGGAAGAAGAUUACAGCAACAGUCAUGCUUCCAAGAAAACCACCAUGAAAGAAGACAGAGCUUGUGUCUAUGGCUGUGAUUCUUUAUGUCCUAACUGCCAAAUUCCAACUUCCAGAUACACUACCUACCCUUCAAGCCCUGCUGAUUUCGCAACCGAUUUAGUUUAUCAUGAUCAGAUUCAAUCACCAGAUCUGGAAAGGGCUGAUGAUCAACAUGGUGGAUCAUAUCAGAGUUCACCAGGCUAUGCAGAGAUAAAUCAACAAUGAGCAAAUUGGUGUUUAACAAUGGCAAAGUGUGAAUACAGUGAUGUCUUUUUAAAUCAUUACUGUAAUUCUUCAUGCUUCAUUGCCCCCCUAAUCUUUUCUUAACAAUUAGUAUGAUUUUAUAUUGCAAUGUCAUCUUCAUCCAUGAAUAUUUGGCAAUGGAGCUAGGAAAAACUCAAUCUUUGGCAUCUUCAUACACAAUUAGUAUGAUUUUAUAUCUUUGUAAUAUCUUCGGGCUGAUGGCUAGUGGAAACUAGCAUCGUCGUCGCACCA